GAGGUUACACAGAUAUGAGAAACUUAUAAGUAUCCUGUCUGACCUGGCACACCAAAGACUUCUGGAAACAUUGUAUACAAGUGCUUUUGGUUCCUUCUGUGAAUAAGAAACAUACUAACAUAAUGGGAUUGCACUCAAGACGGAAUACUGAACUUUAUAUAAUCCCUGUCCUUCUUAUUACAGCAUGCCUUCCAAGUUUCACAAGGACAAUGGAGACAGAGCGCAUUACAGUAUUUAAAGGAGAUAAUGUUAGUAUAAACUGUACGUUUACUGACAAAAUGCCAGAAGGAAUGACAGCAAAGCUAAUGAGAGGAAACCACAAUGAAACUCGUUGUUACUUCAUGUGGCAACAUUACGAAAAGAAAACUAAUCACUGUAAAGAUACAGACUUUGGAUGGGACCCUGACAAGAAACAGGUGUAUUUUAUAAUGAAAAACAUCUCACUUAAUGACUCUGAUAUUUAUUCCUGUGACGUAGAACAAGUUAUACCUCCACCUUCAAUAAAAAUCACAGAAGGAAAUAAAACAUAUGUGAGAGUGUUCGCUCCUCCUACUGUAGACAUCACAGCAGUUUCAUUGCCUGGUCAAAACAGCAUACAACUUACUUGUAUUGCAAAGGACUUCUUCCCCUCAGACAUCGAGAUGCAAUGGCACAAAGAUGGGCAGAUAUUUUUGAAUGGAACAGAAAACAGCACCACAAAAUCAACAAAAAAUGUUUCAUUUUCCUUUACAAGCAUCUUGGCCAUUUCAGCUUCAGACUGGAAAGAAAAUGAAUUAUUUUCUUGUCUUGUAAAUCACUCAGUACUUGAAUCUCUUAUUGUUCAAAAUAUCUCCUGGCAAAAUUACAUCCAUGCUGAAACAAAAACGUUCAAUCUCAACAUAUGGGUUAUUCUAGCAGUUGCUGGUCUUGCUCUUCUAAUAGCAAGUACAAUAUUGGUUCUUAAAAAGUGCGUAAGGGCCCAAUUAAAAUCUUCAUUACAGAGCUCUACAACCAUGCCCACAGGUGAAAGAGCCACAACUCUUCCUGUGCAAGAAUCUAAAGCUACGGAUAAUGCAAUCUAUUCAAUGGUUGGAGAACACCGAUACCACCAUACUGCUUAACCCAUCAGUUUGACACAAGCCAUUUUGUGCAAUACCGCUACAGAUAUUGGUGUAAACUAGCUCAUAUUCUUCAGAACCUUUUGUACCAAGAAGAAGAAACAGUACCAAUAUAUUCAAAAUCUGGACAAAUAAAACAUUAUUCAUUUUUUAAUCAAUAUUGAACAAAUUACUUAAAGUGGAAAGAACAGGAGCAUAUUUCAGUCACUCUUUCCUAAGUCUUGAAGAGUAUUUUUCCUAACAAGGGUAGCAUAUGAAUAUGAUGUUUCUAUAUAUUUUGUCAUACUGUAUAUUAAAAACAAAUAUUUUGCUUGCUUACAUUAUUAGACAUAGUAAUGCACAGCUGUGCAAAUAUCUUUAUAUUGUAUGUAUCAGGUACUUCGUCAGUGGUCUGUCCUAAAUCAGUGAUGGAAUGCACAAAUUGUAAACUCCUUAAAACACUAUUGAAUUUUAUAAAUCACUGUAUUUAAAUGCCACUUUUGUGUCAUCUACAUUAAUAUUUCCAGGUUAAUGAUUUAAAACUUCUGACAAGAGAUGCAACUAUAUUUCCUAAAACAAAUAAUGUUUUAGAAAUAAAAUGCAUUAACAAAAUAUUCAGAC